AUGCUAGGAAACAUAGGAGCUGAGCAUAUUAGUAAAUUAAAACAACUAACAUAUCUAAAUAUUCAGAAUAAUCAAAUUGGCUCCACAGGAGCUAAAUACUUAAGAGAAUUAAAACAACUAACAAAUCCUAAUAUUCAUACUAAUGAUAUUGACUCUAAGCGAGCUGAAUAUUUAAGUGAGCUGAAACAAUUACAAACUCUAGAAAUAGGUUAUAAUAAUAUUGAGAGUGCAGGUGUUGAAUAUUUGAGUAGCAUAGAACAGUUCUCACAUCUUGGUGUUGCUGCAAAUGAAAUUGUUACUGAAGGAGUUAAAUGGUUGGGUAACUUGAAACAAUUAACAUAUCUUGAUAUUAGCUGUAAUCAAGUUUUUAUUAUUGGUGAUGAUAUUAACUCUGAGGAAGUCGAAAUUUUGACUGGUAUGCAACAAUUACAAUACCUAGAUAUUGGUGGAAAUUAUAUUGAUGAUGAAGGAGCUAAAUGUUUGAGUAAAUUAAAAGAAUUAAAACAUCUUAAUGUUCUUAGAAAUGCAAUUAGUGAGGAAGGAGCACAACAUAUUAGUAAAUUGGAAAAAUUAACAUUUCUUAAUAUUGCAAACAAUGAUAUUGGUUAUCAAGGGAUCUAUUUAAGUAAAAUGAAGCAAUUACACUGA